AUGGCGUCGGCGCGGAGGAACACAACGACAAGGAGCUUGCUGAGCAUUCUCCUCCUCGCAGCACCAGCUCUCGCAAAAUACCAAAAUAACUUUGACCUCUACCCAGCAGCCGCCCAACCAUGCCUCUACGCCUCCUCAGACGCAAGUAAAUGCGACGGCGACACAGUCGCAACAAUGAACAAGUGCCUCUGCAGCGAUGACAAGGGGAAAUUCGUCACAAACGCAGCCACGUGUCUAGGAAAGGAAGCAAAGGAUACCCUCCGCACAGUCUAUCAAUCCAUGAGCACCGCCUGCUCAGACUCCAAGACGCCGAUAUCCAUAACUGAAGACCAAUUCCUCAACCUCGGCGCGACAGGCGCGACAGCAUCGCUAUCAGUAACUUUAUCCACAUCAAAGACAGCUACGCCCACUACCAUGAUGACGACCACCACAGGCGGAGCAACCAUCACCCUCACAUCAACACCUACACCCGCGACAUCGACUCCAGCACAGGAAGACAAAGGCCUAAGCACGACCGCCAAAAUCGGCGUCGGCGUCGGCGCCGGCGCAGGAGCCAUCGCCCUUGUCUGCCUCGCCGCCUUCAUCUGGCGCAUCAAGCGAAGCCGCGACGCCCACGAUGAGUCCCACCGCCCAAUGCUCGGCGGCGGCAUCGGUGCCACGGGCCACAAUAACCCACAACACGGGCCCUUUACCGAAUACAGCCCGCCCGCGAGCGUCGCCGGCACUGGGGCGGGUGGAUACGCCACGUACACCGGCGCGCAAGAGUACAAGAACGAGAACAAGCAGCAGCAACCAGGCUGGAGGCCCGUCUCCGAAAUCACGGCUACGAGUCCCGGUGGACAGACGUGGGCGACAAAUUCACCGCAGCCGUCGUAUGCGCAUCUUCAACCGCAACAAGGGCCAAACUUGGGUGCUUGGGGCCACCACCCGCAAGCUGCGUACGUUGCUCCGCCGCAGGAACCUGCUCAGCAGGAGGGUGUGUUUGAGUUGGCUUCGAUACCUGUUACGUCGCAACCUCCUUCGCAUGUGCCGCAACCGCCGCCUGGUGCUGUUGAGAUGCCGGCGACGGAGGUGCAGCCGCAACCUACGCGGUAUCAGUAUCCAUCGCAGAGGCAGUGA